AUGAGAAACCAAAUGGGAAGUAGGCGCACUGGUUCUAAAGUAGGGAAGGUCCUUAGAAAGUUAACUAGUAUCACUGAAAACAUCACGAAAGUGGUGAACCAAGGAAAUUGUAAUUUUGACCUUGACUCUUAUAGUGAAGUUUUUAAGAGAUUUGUUGCAACCAAACCACCAGUUUACUUGGGAAAAGAGGACCCAGUCAGUCUUGAAAACUGGAUUAGGGAGUUUGACAAGUUGUUUGAUGCUAUCAAUUGCCCAAGUGAGCUGAGGGUGAAUAAUGAUGUUUACUAUCUGAGGGAGGAAGCUGACUUAUGGUGGGCCCAAAGAAAGGAUGAGUUGUUGAAGAAACCAAACUUUGGGUGGGAUGAGUUUAAGGAAGCCUUGAGGGAGAAGUUUUACCCUUCCUACCUGAGAAAGAUGAAGUGUAUGGAGUUUACCAACCUCAGAAUGGGGAACAUGUCUAUCAAUGAGUACUACAAAAAGUUCAUUGAGUUGAUGAGGAGGGACAAUAAGGGGAACUUUGGGAAAGGGAAUAGAGGCCAGUCGGCCAAUGCUAGAGGGAAUGGAAACCAAAGGGGUGAGAAACCCAAGAGGAAGUAUUUCUGCAAGCAGUGUAAGAAAGACCACCCAGGGAAGGACUGUGAGGGGAACCCAGUAACUUGUAGUUACUGCCAGAAGUUGGGACACCGUGAGUAUGAUUGUUUCAAGAAAGUGGCUGACAUUAACGCAGGAAAGGUGAGAGAGUCUAGUGCUCCUAGCAAACCAUCGCAGCCUAGUGGAUUUGCACCCAAGGUUGGAACCUGUAGCGUCGCAAGAGGUGCCCUAAAGGGUCGUGUGUUCGUGAUGAAUAGCCGUGAGGCUGAAACUUCUAAUGAUGUGGCAAUUAGUGUUUUCCUUAUAUGUUUUUUGUCUGCGAAAGUUUUGUUUGAUUCGAGUGCAUCCCAUUAUUUUAUUUCUAAGAGAGUGGUUGAUAGUCUUGGGUUAGGGAGUCCUGAUUCAGUUUCUUUAGAUGUGUCUAUUCCGUCUGGGGAAGUGUGGAAUUAUUCCAAGUUGUUUAGGAGUGUACCUCUUUCCAUUUCUAGGGUAGAGUUUCCGUCGGAUUUGAUCGAGUUCGAUUUGAAGGAUCUCGAUGUGAUUUUGGGUAUGGAUUGGUUGGGAAAGUAUGAAGCCAAGAUUUACUGUGCAGCUGAAAAGGUUAAUUUGAAUAGCCCAAGUAAAACUAGAGUAACUUACAGAAAGGAAGGGAAGAGUUUGGGAUUGAGAAUUAUUUCUGCAAUGCAACUACAGAAGUUUGUUAAGAAGGGUUAUCCUCUGUUUAUGUGUAAUGUUCAAGAAGUUGGAAGUGAGGAAGAUAAGAAUGAGAUUCCUGGUAUGCCACCAGUGAGGGAUGUUGAGUUCACUAUCGACCUAGUGCUUGGUACCGAACCUAUUUCUAAGGCUCCAAAUAGGAUGGCUCAAGCUGAGAUGAAAGAGUUGAAGACUUAG